CCAAAUAUUUUAUUUGGGAGGACUGCAAUCUUCUUAUUUUUUGAAAAGACAACCCAUACAAUCUUUUCCCUCCUCUCUCCAAAUUUCUUUUUCUUUUGCCGACGAAAUAAGACGCCAUUAACCUCCAAAGUCCAAACGCUCUCUCACUCUCUCCCCACGACGGUGGGAAUCUCAAUGCAAGACUUCUUCGGGUCAGUUCGCCGAUCGCUGGUCUUCCGUACAACCCCGGAGAACCCAGAAAACGACUAUAGCCCACCCUUGCCAUUGCCAACUCCGACGGCCUUAGUGGAGAAGAUCAAUUACUGCAUUCGGAAGUCGCGGGUCUUCACCAAGCGCACUUCACCUUCGCCUCCCAUGGUACCUCCGAUCCGAUGGCGCAAAGGCGAGUUGAUCGGGUGCGGUGCGUUUGGGAGGGUUUACAUGGGCAUGGAUCUUGAUUCUGGAGAGCUUUUGGCAGUCAAGCAGGUCCUGAUUGCAGCUAAAGGUGCUUCGAAGGAGAAAGCACAGGCUAAUGUUAAGGAGCUCGAGGAAGAAGUGAAGCUACUUCAGAAGCUCUCACAUCCAAAAAUUGUUAGAUAUUUGGGUACAGUCAGAGAGGAUGAAACAUUGAAUAUUCUGCUUGAAUUUGUACCUGGGGGAUCAAUAUCUUCACUUUUGGGAAAUUUUGGACCAUUCCCCGAAUCUGUUAUAAGAACAUACACAAAGCAAUUAUUGGUGGGACUUGAGUAUUUACACAACAAUGGAAUCAUUCAUCGGGACAUUAAGGGAGCAAACAUUCUGGUAGAUAAUCAAGGAUGCAUAAAACUUGCAGAUUUUGGUGCAUCCAAACAGGUUGCUGAGCUGGCUACUAUUUCAGGUGCCAAGUCCAUAAAGGGUACUCCAUAUUGGAUGGCUCCUGAAGUCAUCUUGCAGACUGGGCAUACCUUUUCUGCUGACAUGUGGAGUGUUGGAUGUACAGUAAUUGAGAUGGCUACUGGAAAGCCCCCUUGGAGCCAACAAUACCAAGAGGUUGCUGCUUUGUUCUAUAUAGGAACAACAAAGUCUCAUCCACCCAUUCCUGAGCAUCUUUCUGUUGAGGCAAAAGAUUUCCUCCUAAAAUGUUUGCAAAAGGAGCCAAAUUUGAGGCCAGUAGCAGCUGAACUGCUUAAGCAUCCCUUUGUUUCUGGGGAACAUGAAGAGUCCACUCUUGUUGUUCAUGAUCAAGUUGUGGAAGAUUCUGAAAUUCCAUCACCAUCACAUGCACAAAAUCAGAGAGACCUUCAAGAAGCAUCUAUCUGUAAUCUGGGUAGCUUGAACCAUUCAACUUUGUAUGCUGAGAAAAUUUUAGAAAGCAAGGGCAUAUGGAGAACAAACAACGGUGAUGAUGAUAUGUGUCUGAUUGAUAAUGAAGAUUUUGCAGCAAUUGAGGAAAAAGUUGGCUCUCCUAAUAUGUUUGAUAAUAUUAGUAAGAGUUCUCUCCCUGCAUGUGGGCUUUCUAAUGAUUGGAGGAAAAUUGAUGGAAGUCCUAUACAGAACCAAGAAGAAAUGUCACAUAAGACUGCUAGUUGUCCCAGCGUCUGUGAUGAGGGGAAGAAUGAGUUUUCAUUUCCUUGUGGACAAUCUUCUCUCUGUGAAGAUGAUGAUGUACUUACUGAAUCAAAAAUUAAAGCACUUCUAGAUGAGAAGGCUUUAGAACUAAAGAAAUUGCAAACACCUCUAUAUGAAGAAUUCUACAACAGUCUGAAUGUAGCCUGCUCCCCACGUUUUGCUGAGAAUACACAUGAAGAGACUCAUCCAAAUUACUUAAAAUUACCUCCCAAAAGCAAGUCACCAAGUCAUGGUGCCAUUGGAAGCCCAUUGGCAAUGGUUGAUGCUGUCAGUACCGGAAGUCCAGGAAGUAGCAGCAGGUGUGUUUCUAUUGUUGACAAUGCUACUGAUCAGACGUUGCAGGAAAAUUCAUCCCACCAGCAAAGUGAUUGGAAAGCACUUCCAGUUGAUGCCCAGCAGGAAUCAAUUAGCCCAAGCUUGAGCUUUUCUGAGAGACAAAGGAAGUGGAAAGAAGAGCUUGAUCAAGAGCUUGAGAGAAAACGAGAGAUGAUGCGCCAGACAGGUGCGGGUGGAAAAACAUCAUCCCCAAAAGAUCAAGCCUUGAAACGGCAGAGAGAGAGAACAAGGUUUGCAUCUCCACGCAAAUGAGUGAAUGCCAGAGGGCUUAUAUACAGCUUCUUAAAAGGACUUAUACUUUCCCAAUUAGAGUUUAUGACACCAGUUAAACUGGCUUUUGAUGAAAGCAGCAGCGGAAUGACAUCCCAUACUUCCAUGCAAUUUCUCAUUGUUCUGCGAAGAAAAGUUCCGUUGUAUCUUCUAUAGGCUAAGUAUUCUGAAGAGCGAGGGUGCUUGAAGAGAUGGACAACUUUUCUGUCUUUUUUUAUUUUUCCCUUAUUCUUUUUCCCCUUUUGGGUGAUUCCAGGGGUGUUGGAGGAGUUUCUCCAGUUUGCCUUUGUAUAAUAAUAAACAUAAUGAGAUUGA